AUGAAAACUAUGAUAAAAAAGUAUUUUGACCCGGAGCAAUACAAAUCUGAAGAGUUCAACCAAACAUUUAGAAGUUCAUGUGAGGGAUGGGACGAAAAUUCUCCGGAAUCGAUUCUGACGAGUAUGCACUUGAUGUUUGUACGAAGCUGUAGAAACUUUGUCACACCUACGGAGGUUCAGGAUAUUGCAGACCAUCGCACGUAUUUGAUGCGGCUAUUUACUCGGUUACAGGUGGAAAAUGAGCUUAUUCCAGAGCCCGGCCUCUACUUAGAAGAGUUUUUUGUAGCAUAUGAACUUCUCGGUGAAUCAAGAAGAGACGUUCUGAAUGAAGAUCUGGAUGUUUACCAACGCACGUUUCCAAGUUACGAAAAAGCCGUUCGAGCAUUUUUCAAAGAGCUUGAAACGCGAGCAUCGAUUUCAAUAGUAGCGGAUCCGUGUCCUCUACGAGCAAAGAUUUUGGCGUCGUUUUUCAAAUAUUCCCACAUUGAAGCAUAUGCAUCUAAUCUGAUAAAUCAAUUGACUGAACUGACCUUCAUAGCCAGGACAUGUGCCCAUUCUCUUUAUGAAGGAAAUCUCGGAUCGAUCGAAAAAUACACAAACCCAAUUGUGGGCAAAGUUGCUGAUAUUUCUAUGCACACAGCGGAGUUUCUCAAUGUUUCGUUGAUAUCAGCAUGGCCGUCAGCACACAAUCAGCUUCUGAAAGAACAGAUUAUGCGGAAUGUGCGGAAAGAAGGAUUCGUCGAUGACAAAAGUUUGAAAACAGUGACUGAAAUUACACGUCCACUACUCAUGAACACUGGAGUUCCCAACUACGCCUAUGAAAUGCUGAUCGUCAGAGCAACGGAAAAGGAAUAUGAUCUUUACUUCGAGGGAUUUGACAGAUACUAUUCUCUGAGAAAGAAUGUAUCUGGUUUUGAUACUAUUAUCGGACGUAUACCUCUCAACUCUACGAAUUCACAGGAUAAAUUGAAGAUAAAGGGCAGAAUGGCUCACUUGAACAAUCUUGCAUACGAUCUGAAUGCAACCAUACAAUUUGAAAUGGGUGAACUGUACAAUGAUCCGUCUCUUCCAAUGAUAGCCACUGAGCUGAAAAAGAAGAUUGGAACGCAAGUCAUCUCUCGUGAUAACUUUCAUUGCUGGGCUAUACUACGUGAGUGGGCACCAAAAUUCUGGAGUUCAUGUCCCACAAUUGAUUACUUCUCGUCAUCUUACAAUGUAUCUGAUAUGAGUAGCAUCACAGCUGUUAUUGUUCUCUCAUACUACACUAUUCUUGGAACUCUUGGAAUAGUGUUGAAUGCGACUCUUCUCUACCUAUCAAUAUUCCGGUCACCAUCACAAAUAAAAACUUAUCGGAUUCUGAUUAUCAAUUUCGCUUUGACGGAUAUGUUUUCAUCAUUCUUGAUGAUGUUCAUCGCUCCAAGGUAA